AUGGAAGGUCUCUCUUCUACCGCAGAAAUGGAUUGGGAAUAUACCAAUGACAUUGGCUCCAUGGCGCAAACCUUCCCCUCUUCUAAAAUCAGUCCAUAUUUUAGACCACCCUUCGGGACAGAAGGUGCUAGGAUGCGUCAGCGGCUGGUAGCAAACCUUAACAAUGCCAACGCACAUAUCGUGGGGUGGAGUAUCGACGUCGAGGACUGGCUGUGGGCUGAAAGUUCAACGCCAGAGAAACAGCUGGAAGCGUUUAAAAGGGAUUUGAAAGCGGGAGGGAAUCUGGUGGUUAUGCAUUAUCUUUAUGAGAGCACGGUGGGGUAUUUGGAGGAGUUUAUUAGACUUGCGAAGGCGAGUGGGAAGCAGUUGAUGAGGGUUGAUCAGUGUAUGGAGGAUCCGGGGGCGCCGCCGCUUACGUGA